UUUUCUUCCAGGGCUCCAAAUAGUUGUAUUGGCAGGGAGGCUGCCCUGUAACUGCUCCCUCCUGAAGACUCGGAGGUGUUUACAGAAAUCCAAAGUCCCAGCAGUACAUUUCCAUGAGCUCAUGACCAGUUCCAGCUGUACCUUUUAGAAUUCAUGUGGACAAGUGAGAAUCCAUGCAGGUCAAACCCCAGCUCUCAGUUUGUGUUUUAAUUACAAACAGAGGUGCAGAGGUCAGAUAUUUAAUUACUGCAGCUGCAGUCUACCUUUAGAAUCCCUGCUUUGGUCACUGUUAUUCAAAGCAACUCCAAUGCCAUUUCUUGCCUGCUUCUUUAUGCUAAUCAGCCUAGUCCUCUUGGCCCCUCCUCCUUCCAGCCUCCUUUAAGAACUGUACACUUCCAGCUGUCACCGAGGGUAACUCAGAGCAGACUUAGAAAGCGGUUGAUUUAAAUCAGCACGACAUUCCCCCACCUUGUGUAUGCAUUAUGUUAGCAAUCCUCUCUAAAUACUGGAGGCAUUGGAUUUCAUGUCAGCAGAAGGAGUCAAAAUUGCCAAAACUGUAAUCUGUUAGAAACAGCUACUCUGUAGGACUUGAAUUUUUAAGGAGGCAAGUUUCAGUUUGCUUUAAAGAGAAAUUAAGUGAUGUUUGUAGCCAAAUGAAUUGACAUUUUAAAUGUAGAAGAAACACUGGUAAAUAUUUAUUUCAAGAGUCAUGAGUAGGGAAAAUAUGGACGUUUAUUAGAGGGUAAAUGCUUUCCACACAGGAACAGGAUCUGCAAGUACCUGUGUGCUGCUCGGUGUUUUGUGAAGAUCAUUUUAGGUGAUUGGCCCAGGGAAGGAAAUGCCCCGGUGAUCCUGACACCACAGCCGCACUGCUAGUACCAUGUCGACUACGCAAACAACAGCCAGCUGCCGCCUGUUCUGCAGUUUGCGCACGUGUAAGCAGAAGCUGCAGGAGGACCAGCCACAGCAAGAAAAAUCUGUCAUUGCUCAACCAGUAUUUAUUUUUGAAAAGGAAGAACAAACUUCUAAGAGACCAGCCGAAGACACCUUGUAUGAAGCAGCAGAACACGAAUGUAAUGAUCAUUCAAGAAAGCGUGUACGAUCUUCGUCUUUCACUCUGCACACUGCAGAUGCUCAGGCCCAGGGAGUGAAGGAAAACAACAUUUUUAUGAAAUCAACUCUUGUUAAAAGGAAUAUUGAUAUGAAUAGUGAAGAACAAGGUACCGUGAAACAUUCUGAACAUGUUCUAAGACCUGCUAUUUUGCAGCCACCUCAAUCUCAAAUCUGUGAAAAAGCAAGAAAAUCAUUUGAGCACAACACAUUGGAAUCCAGCAAGAUGACAGAAAAAAUAAAGCAUAGGAUUUCUGAGGGGAGCUCCUAUUUAUUAAGUGGGAAUUUACCAAGUGCCCAAAUUUCUGUCCAGCUGUCUAUUGACCAACCUUUUCUAGGUAUAACAUCAGUAGGGUGUCAAUCAAGUGAAGAUAAGUAUUCUUUUAAAAGUUGCAGUCCUGACUUCGUUUUUGGAGAAAACAUGGUAGAAAGAGUUUUGGGUACUCAAAAACUCAUCCAGCCUCAACUUGAAAAUGAUUCAUAUGUCAAGGAAAAAACAUUCAAGUCCAUGCUGAAGUUUCCCAUCAACUCUCCAAAUUCAAGAACAGACUCUGUUAAAAACAAAUCACUAAUAGAAUCAGCUGCCGCUUUCUCUUCCCAACCAUCACAAAAAUGCUUGCUUGAGAAAGUCAAUGUUAUAACAGGGGAGGAAGCAGAACAUAAUGUGUUAAAGAUCAACUGCAAGCUUUUUCUAUUCAACAAAAUGACACAAUCUUGGACCGAAAGGGGCAGAGGAACUUUGAGACUGAAUGACACAGCAAGCAGCGACUGUGGAACAUUACAGUCAAGACUAAUUAUGCGCAACCAAGGCAGUCUGAGACUGAUCCUCAAUAGCAAACUCUGGGCUCAAAUGAAGAUUCAGAGAGCAAAUCACAAAAAUUUACAAGUAACAGCUACCGAUUUUGAGGACUAUAGCAUUAAAGUAUUUUUAAUUCAGGCCAGUGUCAAAGAUACAGGAUACCUGUACGCAGCAAUACAUCAUCGUCUUGUCGCACUUCGAAGCUCCAAUAAGCAAAAAGACGUCAAUCAAGCUGAGAUACAGUCAGAAACAGUCCUCCAGCAAGUAAACUUUGAUAGCUGUGAUGAGGAUGAGGAUGAGGAUGAUUUCAUACAUGUCACCAAAAAUGGAUCAGCUCCUUCUAGGUGGACCCACAGACAGUCCGUUGUUUGUUCAUGAGCACUACUUAUUAUAAAUACGACAAUAUCUACAAAAUGAUCAGCCACCCUACUGAAAAAAAUGAAACCAUCAUAACUAAAUGAAAGAUCCUAAUCAUUCCCUGAAGAGUUUUUAUGAAACACAGUUUGUUGCAAUUAAAUUUUUCUCUUAUGUUUUGCAUGUCACAUUUUUAUUAUUGUGGAGAAAUGAUAGAAUUUAAGAAAUAAAUGGACUUCAGAAGUUCAAAAUUUAAUCAUUUUUGAAGAAUCUAGGGUAAGACUUGAUAACUAAUUUGAACUAUUCAUCACAUUGAUGGAUAUAAUACUAAAUUGUGAAUUGUGAAUUUCUGGAUUUGAUAAAUAUAUAAUUAAAAUAUUUAUUUUUUCAGUCAUACAUUGUCUGGCCAUAAAAGAAAUAUUUUACUAGAUUUCCAGUCAUUUUUUAAAAAAAACCCUUAAUUGCAUGAUAAUAUUUUAUCACAUCACACUUAUCUGCUAGGAAAUGUGUAUUUUCUUUCAGCCUUUGGAUUUCCUGACUCCAAAAGUGCCUAUAUUCCUAGUAUUAAUUCUUUAAAAAGAAAUAUCUGCUCUUGGACUUGUAUUCAUGGCAUCUUGUAAAUGCUUGACUCUCAGCACUGACUAGUUGUUGUAUGAAUGAACAAAAUAUAACAUAUUACCUAUGUAUCAAAAAAAGUUAAGCUUACAAAAAGUCAAAUAUGUUAACUUGUCAUUCUUUGCUUGUAUAAGUAAAUUGUUUUUCAUAUUCUAGUAGAUGUGGGUGUAUAGAAACCUUUCUUAAAUGUGACAGAAAAUAUAAUUUCAUGUUUCAAAGACUACUUAACCACUUGUUUCAAGUAGCAAGAAAAAUCGUAUUCACUUAGUUCUCUUGGUCACUGAGUCAAGCAGAUUACGAGCCUAAUCUUGUCUUCAAACUAGGGUGGAGAUGAAGAAAUAUUUUCUCAAUGUCCCAUUUUUUUUUCUAUGCUCAGACAACUCUUAGAUGUAAUGUUUUUCCAUGGAGCAGAACUGGGACUCAUUUCUUACAUCAGGAACAUGCUAUCAGUCUUCCAUCCAGCCCUCUCACUUCUGUUUCCAUUUACUGCACUCACUUCCUUCUCAGUCUGCACUUCCAAACAUAUUUUGAAAAUUGAAUUCAUUCUAUAAUUUUCUUUGGACUUUUCAACACAUAUCAAAGGAAACAAAAUUUACACUACCUUAAUUCCUGAUCUAUAUAGAAAAGUCAGUGCAACAGAACCAGAAAUAGGGUUAGAAUAUCAGGAAGGCAGAGAAAGGUGGUGAACAUUUCUAUAUUCUGAAGAGGAUAUGAAGAACAGAAACAGGAUGUUUAGCUCUUGAGUCUUUCAACCCAUUUCCUGUUUUCUAUGUAAUUCUUAGUAUUUUUAUGCAAAUAUUUAGUAAAGAUGGAGGGGCAAUAGAGAUCUUUUAUAGUUUUCCUUGUCUGAUUUCUUAAUCUAGCAUCUUUUUUGAAUUUUCUAUGUCUUUUGUUCCUCUUUAAUCUGAAAGAGAUCAAUUGUACAAUCAUAUUCAUUUUUUAAUGUUAUUUAGGUAGUUGGCUUCAAAGCUUACAUUUUGGAUUUCCAUAAAAGCUGUUUUUAUUAAAAUUUACUUAUCUAGUCUACAAAUUUAUUAGACAUAUAGCUAACAGUAUAUCAAAUUGUAUCUUGCAUUAAUAUAAAUCUUGUUCAGCUUAAUUAUGGACCAUUAAAAUAUUCUCUCUUAAAAAUGUUACUUUAUUUGCAUUACUGCCAGAGCAAAGUAUCCUUUGUCCUCAGGAGAAUACAUCUUAUCCAGGUGUUGGUGUACUUACAUGUCAUAAAAAAGAGGGAUUCCCUCCUUCACAGUCAGAAUGUAGAUGAGUGCAAAGGAAGGUUUGUUAUGGUUAUAGGCACAGAAAAGGAUAUUUCUUAAGAUUUCUGUAAAUCUCCAAAUUGCAUAUAUCACAUUAUUGAGAAGAAUUAAGCUGACUUGAGAUGUGGCUAUCAUGUGAUUGGCCAAGCUCAUUCUCUAGAAAGGCAUACCUGCUGUAUCGUAGGCAGGGUAGGAGUUUAACAGUAGCUGAAACUGAAAUUAAAUCAUGAAUUCCAGAGUGGUUUUUAUUUUUUUUAUUUUAGAUUUUUGGCAAUGGUCAGAUUAUAUCCAUAGGACUAGUUAAUUGUUGACAUAAGACUUGGAGCUGAUGAAGUGGGAUAUCCAAACAUAUUUGAAAUUUCUAAGAUAUCUGCAAAUAUAGCACUGGAGGAGUUAUUGAAAUGACUGAGGAAUGCUUAGCCCAGUAAAGACUUUAUAAUAAUUUUCUAACCAAGUUCUAAGAUUUUAAAAUUUCUACUAACCUAGCUGAUAUAAACUUAAUUUGACUUUUCUGAUUUCUAAUAAGGUUGAGUAUCUUUUCAGAUAUUUAUUCACUGCUUGUGCUUCUUCUAAGAGAUGCCAGCACAUAAUUUUUGCAUGACAAAUUGUGUCAUUUUAGUCUUUUAGUUGCUUCCUACCUAGCAUAUCCAAGAUAAAAGCCUAGUUCCUAAGGCAUGGAUAUAAUAUUUUCCAUUGUUUUUUCCACUGUCUACUACUCUAGCCUCACCUUCCAAUGUUUUUUACCUCUAAGUUCUGUAGGAAUUCAGAACUGCUAUUUCAUUGCCUCUAUACUUUUGCUUAUCCAGAAUUCCUUUCUCAUUCUUGUUGGUUCUGGUUAACACCUUACUCAUUCUUUAAGGCUUAGACCAUGCCAUUUCUAAAAAGUCUUCCCUAACUUUUCUUAGGCUGUGUUUAGACCUACUCUCCAAAUUCCUAUGGGACUCUAUAACUCUAUCAUUACAUGAAUUUUUACACUCCGUAAGGUACAGGACUCUUUUUAUCACUUAAUCUUCAGCACGUAGCAGUGUGCCUGGUCUAUGGCAGACACUAAAUAAAACUUAAACUCCGCUGAUGUGUGUUACAUGAGUAUUUGUAAAAGUCAUGACAUUAUCAAAGCUAGAAAUAAGGAGUUUCAAGUCAGGAGAAAGAUUUGGGCUAAAGAUGUUGGUAGCAGCUAAGUUAUG